CCUGUUAAUCACCAUAAAUGGUCACAGACAUUUUAUGUUUAAAUGAUUUUCGCGGAAUCGUGUUCCAGUUAACAUGAAAUCCCCCCUUUAAAGGUACAAAAAUGUAAAUCAUGUUGGUAUAAAAGCGAAGGGUAUUGGUUGUUAAUUCAGUAACAGUGCAGUAAGCUGAUAUAUUGCACUAAUCACCCAGAUUCUGAAAAAUGGCAUCAACCUUUGUGGCAGUGCUCCUGAUGUGGUGUGUGUGUACGGUAUCCGGAGCUAGUUUAUACCAACAGAGAGGGUUAGGAAAAUCACGAAAUGAUAUAAGGGACACCAGGAAGGUCCACAACCUCGUGAGGAGAUCUUCGGACUCUCCAUCAUUCGAAUCAGAACAAACUGGACUGGAUUACCAAGAACAUGGACAUCCCUUGUUGAAUAACUUCCAAUUUGUAUAAAGCAUUAUUUCAAGAUUCAACAUCAGAUAAAGUGUUUGUUGAUGUUAUGCAAACUAUCUAUGAAUAUGGUACCGAUCACUGGAAGGAAUUGAAAGACGUUAUUUACAAUGAUUUAAGACAGAUACCUGAUGCUGAUUUCGAUAACGAUCGCAUUAAAAAUGCUGGAAGUUUUAAUCAACUGUGUGAAUCUGUUAUCUACCUGUACACAGUAAAUAGUUCCCUUUAUGAAAAUGUAAAUAAGGCAUUGAGAAAUCUUAAGGAAGAUUCUGUCUAUGGCUCCUACGCACUGAUGUUGAAUACAAUAUUAUUGAAUUGGCCAUCGAUACAGGUGUGUCGGGACACCACAUAUCGCGGGGAGGGGGAGUCAUUUGAUGUUACAAAUUAUGUGGUUGGAACAAUAUUUACAUGGACAGCUUUUACGUCGUCAAGCACCAAUAUCAACGUGGCAUGUGAUCAGUUUGCGGAAUCCGUAUUGUUCAUUUUCAACAAUGAUGUACAUUCCAGUUGGAGCUCGAAAUUUAUUGCACAAUACUCAGCUUAUAUAGAGGAAUCCGAGUGUUUGUAUCCUUCAUCUGCUAUUUUCAAAGUAACUGCUAUAGAGAGAAGUAGUACAACGGAUAACCUCUGUAACAGACCCGACCUGGCAUACAUCUACAUCAGUCUUCAACAGGGAUAUCAGACAGACGAUUCGGAAGAUGGCGGAGGAAACGUGAUAGAAGGUACAGCUUACACAGUAGUAGCAGCCGUCAUCGUCGCAAAAUAUUGGUUCUUCAUAUAAAACUUACAAAAAAAAUAUGAAAGACUAAACGUUUGUUAUAUCACAGAAAUACUACAGAGAGACAAGUCUACUCGUUUUAAGCCUGUGAAUAAACCGAAGGGCGGAAAUACUAUGUACAUAUACGGAAUUGUUUUAUUACGGAUGUGCACCUCUGAGUGGUAAAACAGACGAAUUUUAAAACGUCCUUCUUUGUUAUGGAAUAUUCUUUUAGUGAUGUUUAGCGUGUAGCAAUAAGUUGAAUUAAAAAAACUUACUUGAA